GGGCUUCCAAGCAGCAGAACGCGGCGGGGGGCGCCGCCAUGAUCAAUGGGAAGAGGAUCUUCAACAAAUGGAAGCACUUGCCGCCGAAACAGUACCUGAGCUGCGAGAAGACGACCCACGAGCUCGACAGGGGCGCCGUGAACGAGCCAGCGUUCUGGGCGUGCACCAAGAGGAGCCGUGACAAAUCAUCGGCUGGUGGCUACAGGUUGUGCGGCAACGAAUGCUACCCGUGCUCGGACGUGCGGAGGGGCAACUUUGAUGGCGUCUCCCAGGCCGAACUGAACGAGAAGAAGAGUCAGAACGCCGACCUGGAAGUCAAGUGGGUUGAGUUGCGGAAGCGCAAUGUCGGUGGCCUCGAGAAGCGCGCGAAGGGCGACAAGGAGAAGGUCGACUUGUCGAAGUACACGCGCAAGGUUACCGAUGUCAAGAGCAAGUUCGAUCAGCACUACGUUGAAGGCAGCUGGAUUCCUUUAUGGGAAUUCGUGGUGGACCACAAGCUCCCGUUCAAGAAGGGCGUCAACUCGGUGGGCGAAGUCGCGCGGCACAUCGAGGCGAAGCAUUCGCACUACCGUGUUGCCGAGGAUGACGAUGGAGAGAUUGGCGUUGAGGUCCCUGACGAGCACAAGGGCGUGAAACGCUUUAGGCGCGGUUGCAAGACGUCGGCGGAGCAGCGCAAGUCCAGGGUUCAUAAUGACGAGGCCAGCAUGAAGGACCACCACGAGGCUGCAGCGAGGGCUGUGCAGCCGUCCACGCCGCGCACCGAGUGCACCGGCGGCUUGCGGAGCUUGGCGCAGAGGCGGCUCGACGACGGCUCCGACGCUGCAUCCAUUGCGACGGGCGUCGCUGAAGCCGACCAGCCGCGGGGCAAGAUGCGAGGCAGUUUCGACGCUGAGCGCAGCAGCGCGGCAGGCGGCACCGAGCGGGAGGGCGACGACGAGGCCUCGCUGAUCCAGGUUGCAGGCGAGCUGACGACCGCCUACAUUGACGACUUCAACCUGGCCGAGCACUGGAACCAGCGCCCUACUAAACGAGCUUUCCAGACCGUCAUAGGCAGGCUACAGACCAUGGCGCGGAGGUGCGGCGCUCUGAUACCUUCCGACAAGUGCCAGAACUUAUCGCUGCAGCUGUCGGAUCGUGCCGACUUCUUGCAGACCCGUCAUCGCGUUCUGGACGGUCUUCGAGGCGACUUCGCUGACUUAGUCUUUGGCAAGCUUGUCGGGUGCGAGUUUUCCGUCAUUGAGAUGGUGUUCAAAGACGCAGGUGACGAUCUCAUAAUCAACAUCUUCACGUCGACAAUGCAGCAAGUGGCAGAUAAGUCCAUUGGGACGCGGGAACAGCACUCUCUUAACCUGAACGCGUUCCUGAAGUCCAUCCAGUGCAAGAAGAGCGUGCCCACCGAGACCGUGGGCUUCAAUCUGGUUGGGUUUUGUCCAGGUGUUGAGAAGGCGCAGCGGACGCUGACGCUGGUAUUCCUCGAGAAACUUUGGCGCCAGCCAGACGAGUCCACCAACAUCCACGUUGCCAAGGUAAUCGACGUGAUCCUUGGGACAGACUUGCCUCGCAACUUUGAUGGCCUCAAGUCACGCGAGUCAGAUGGGCUCGUGGGGGAAAAGUGGUGUUGGCAAGUCGCCGUGGACAUUGCGUUCACAAUUGCCGCUGCACGUGUGCUGGAAUUGCUUGGAGGUUCCAACGUAUUCGGCCCAGGAAUCAAGGCCGCGAACGUCAGCAUUGUUGAUAAUCAGGCGAUGGUCUCGGCCAGGGUCAGGGCUUUGGUGCGGGUGCCAGGUCAGCACGGCAACCGCUUGAGGCGAGCCUGGGACGUCAUGGAGCAACACCACGAGGACAGUCAGUGCGCUGGCAAUGAGUGCGCCGACGCCGACGCCGUGACGCGCUUGAGGAAGACCGUGCAGGACGUGCUAGACUCCAUUAAGGAAGAGUCUAACGUCGAUUGGGCCAACGGCAUCAACACGUGGCUGGACGCUGCAGAUGACCAGCGCCUCUCGAACGAUAUUUGCUCGUUUGGCAACUUGUCGCAUGCGAGCGCGCGGACAGAUAGUCAGCCCCCUCCAGAUAUGAUACAGGACGUGGACCAGGGCAACGAGAUGGUGAAUUGCAUUCUGACUCUUGCGGACCAUUGUCUGCGCCAUUCCGACCAGCUCAACGUUAUCAUGGGUGACAUCGCGAAUCCUUGCGAACGUCAGCAAGCGCCCGAAGCCGCACCUGAUGAUCCUCACGGCACCGUGUGCGACCAAGGCAUCGCGAUGUUCGAAUGGCUGAAGAUGGCGAUGGGCGUCCUCACGCACUACGACACGUCGGCGGACUCGACGGUCAUCCAGGCGAAGGCCAUCACGGACAUUCUCGCGACGGCCAUUGGCCUCGAGGACACUCCUGUGAAUACCGCAGACGACGCCAAGCAGUUCAUGCACUCGUGGAGCGACGCAUGCGUCCGUUUCCGCCGCGCGCGGAAGGCCGCCGAUGUGUUCAUGGACGCGGGCAAGGAGAUCAAUUUGUUCGUGAAUAAGGUCAUCGCCAGCGACGCCAUCAGUCGAGGUUUCGCGAUGACGGUCAGCGACUUCAUCGGGGACCCAGCCUCACCACUUGCCCUUGCUAUUCUGCAGGAGUAA